AUGGGAUUCAAAGCUCUCUGUUUUGGACUGCUUUGUCUUAGCUUUUUAUCUUGUAUUUAUACACCCAUGCCUGAGAACAUUGAAGAAACCUGGAAAGUAAUGGCUUUGGAUGCAGUUGCUAAAACUUGCUCCCUUAUGGCUUUGUGUCUUGAAAACUUAGGUGUUAUGAGAUAUGAAGAAUUUAUCUCCAUGAUAAUCAACCUGGAUUACACACAACCGCUUUCUGAUGAACACAUCACAGUAACUGAUACUGCCUUUGUUGACAUUCCUUUAUUCAAAGUUUAUAGAGUGUUUGUAGAAGAGCAGAGGGCUUUUGAUUUCCUGAAUAGAUGGACUGCAAACAAACUUGACGCUGUUGUUGUAGGAAUAGACUACAGGCUAGCUCCUCAACAUCACUUCCCAGCACAAUUUGAAGAUGGUAUCACAGCNGUCAAGUAUUUUCUUCAGGACAAAAUUCUAACAAAGUAUGGAGUUGAUCCUACCCGAAUUGCUGUGUCAGGAGACAGUUCUGGAGGAACUCUGNCUGCAGCGGUGACACAACAGGUGCAGAUUGAUCCUGAAGUAAAGCAUAAACUCAAGCUGCAAGCCCUGCUUUAUCCUGGCUUGCAGGUGAUUGACACUCACUUGCCAUCUCAUCGAGAAAACGAACAUGCCAUAGUUCUGACAAGGGACAUAGCCAUAAAACUUGUGAGUUUGUUUUUCACCAAGGAUGAGGCACUUCCACAGGCAAUGAGAAAAAACCAGCACAUGCCUCCAGAGUCCAGACAUCUGUUCAGGUUUGUCAACUGGAGCACUCUUCUCCCUGAGAAGUUUAGAAAGGACCAUGUGUACACUGAGCCUGUGCUUGGAAGAUCGGCUUUCUCCCUGCCGGCGCUGAUGGACCACAGAGCACUGCCCUUGUUAGCCAGUGAUGCCCUCUUACAGCACUUGCCACGAACAUAUAUUCUUACCUGUCAACAUGAUGUCCUGAGAGAUGACGGAAUCAUGUAUGUUUCAAGACUUCAAAAGGUUGGAGUCCAAGUUUUUCAUGAUCAUGUUGAGGAUGGAAUCCACGGAGCCUUAUCAUAUAUGACAUCACCACUUUACUUAGAUCUAGGGCUGAGGAUAAAAGAUAUGUAUGUUAGUUGGCUGGAUAAUAAUUUAUAA